AUGGUGAGGAUUAGAGGGGGAUCCGUGAGUGCCGGACGCACUUUCAGGCUGCGUGACGAAGAGGAUGAAGAUGUUAAAGUUAUUGAACCCUCCAUCAAAUCACCCAAGAGGAAAACUGAAAAUCGAGGUGGAAAAACGAAACAAUCUGCAAGAAAAAAGCAGUAUGUGCAAACUAGAGAGCCAUCUGCUGAACCAUCUGAUGAGCAGAUGGAGGAACAGCAAUCUGAAGGGCAUCUAGUGAGUGACAAUGAAGAGGAACCAGUGCAGCCCACCAAUGUAGAUGUAACAGUAACCAAAUCACCCAAGAAAGGAAAAAGGACUGCCAAAAGGAAGAGCAUUGCUCAACCCAAGGAAAUGCAAACUGUUGAUCCUUCCGGGGAUCAGCAGAAUGCAGAAAAAACUGUUGAAGAACAGCAAACUGAGAAAUCAUCUACCAGGAGAUCACCAAGGACAAGGUCUGGUGUCCAGAGUGCUGUGCAAACUACUCAGCGCAGUGGAAAAAGAAAGCGUCCCGAGCAGCCUGAGACCCACACUGCUACUGAACCCACGCCUCUACCCAAGUUCAUCGACGAUGAAGCCGGAGAAAGGAAAGGCGAAUCACAUACUGAUCUCAUUUCUCGUGUCAACUCUGUUAAUAUUGAACUGAACCCUGACAUUGUUAACUCUAUGACCAUGACUUCUGAUCAACAAGCCACCUUCGUUGCCAAAAGGAAUCUGCUCGACAAGGGAAAAGCUCCGGCAACUGAAAAAGAAACUGAAGAGGAGGAUGAUGAUGAUGGGGAUGAGGACACUGAGGAAGAAGACCCUGCUCAGUUUCGUCUGGCUAGAAGAAGGCUUAUGACCAUGACUUCUGAUCAACAAGCCACCUUCGUUGCCAAAAGGAAUCUGCUCGACAAGGGAAAAGCUCCGGCAACUGAAAAAGAAACUGAAGAGGAGGAUGAUGAUGAUGGGGAUGAGGACACUGAGGAAGAAGACCCUGCUCAGUUUCGUCUGGCUAGAAGAAGGCUUAUGACCAUGACUUCUGAUCAACAAGCCACCUUCGUUGCCAAAAGGAAUCUGCUCGACAAGGGAAAAGCUCCGGCAACUGAAAAAGAAACUGAAGAGGAGGAUGAUGAUGAUGGGGAUGAGGACACUGAGGAAGAAGACCCUGCUCAGUUUCGUCUGGCUAGAAGAAGGCUUCUAAUAGAAGUGGAACAAGUGGGUUUUGAGUACAUGCUGAAAAUGAAAGAUUUCGAUAUGAAGAUAGAGCUAGUUUCACGGCUGGUGGAAAAGUUUGACGCAGUAGAAAGUGCACUUAGCAUCCACAGACAUAGGCUUAAAGUCAAAGCAAAAGAUGUAGAGUUUGCACUAGGGCUGAAAAAUGAAGGAAUUGAGCUGGUGGAAGAUGUAGGAACGAUGGAUAGAAACAUUGAAAGACAACUAAAUGUAGAUGUUAUUAGAGGUCCUAUCAGAAUGGUUGUCAUCUCGGAUCACAAAUGGGAUAAAACUGAAUUUGUUCUGAGGGUGGUGGCUUUGGAAUGCACAAGCAUUUUCAAUGGAUAUGAGUGGUUGGUGCAUGAAUCGACAUUGCAAGUUGAAUUGGUGAUAGAAGACGAAGACUCAGAAGUGAAAAUGGGAGCAGUUGAAUACAACUGUUCAGGACAGACACUCAUAGGUGGAACAUUAAAGGAACUUAAUGCUAACAUAUUUCAGAUGAUGAAGCGAUGA